AAGACGACGAUGUAUUAAUACGUUAUUAAAUCUCACACUUGCCUUUCUUAUCGCUUAUAUCUCAUCGUCAGAUAAAAGAAGUAAAAUGAAAUGAAGUGUCACUAUGUAACAACUGUUUGAUGGAAAUUUUAUAAAUUAAUUGAGUGAUGCCGCAAAAAAAAUUAGAACCCCCGGAUGGAGGUUGGGGAUGGAUGAUCGUUGUUGCGUUUUCUAUAAAUUACAGCAUGAGUAUUCCGAUGAUGCAACUGUUUGGGUUGAUUUUUGGGCCAAAAUUGGAAACUCUCGGCUUAUCAGCCACAGAUAUUUCGAUCAUUAUAAAUACAAAUCAGGCAUUUGGGAUGCUAAUGGGUUUAGUAAACGGGGUUUUACUGAAAAAGCUGGGCUUUAGAAAAGUGGCGUUCAUUGGAAGCUGUUGUGUAUCAACAGGAAUAAUAUUAUCAGCAUUUUCCAGAACAUUUGCAACUUUUCUCUUUACUUACGGAAUUGUUUACUCUUUAGGAAGCGGAAUGGGAACUUCAGCAUUUUCUUUCGCAUUAAAUACAUACUUUUUAAAAAGGAGAAGUAAAGCUUUAGGUAUAGCCUUGUCUAUUUCUGGUCUAGGACCAAUAUUUAUGCCUCAAUUAGUAACUCACUUAUUAAACCUCUACGGUGAUACUGGAGCUGUAUUGAUCCUUGGAGCUGUAGCUUCUCAUGUAUUUAUUGCAACUGCACUUCUUCAACCUGUCGGAUAUCACAUGAAAACUGUUGAAGAAGUGGAAGAUGUUCAAGAAAUAUCAAAAUCUGAGCUCGAAAAACCGUUACGUGAAAGACGAGCAAGUCAUCCGGGGCAUCGACCGCCCAGAAAGACAUCAAUUACAAAAUCUUCCUUAUCUAUUGACCAUGAUAUUGACUCUUCGUCAAUUUACGGAUUUGAUUCGCAAAAUUUAAGCCGAAGCAGAGCAUCCUUGAACUUUGCAGAUACUACUGCAGAUCAAAAACAAAGCAGGUACAAUUCGUAUUCAUCCCUUGCGUCUGUCGAUGAAGGCACAACGGACAUAGAUAACCUUGGAAAUGGCAAAUUAGAAAUAGUUUCCGAAAAAGUUGAAGUAGAAGAUGAUAAUGAAUCAGGAAACGAAAAAAAAGAGAAAGAUGACAAUGCAUUGGUUUUAUGUCUAAAAUAUAUUUUAGACAUUUUUGAUUUGAAUUUAUUAACUGAUCCUGUGUAUGUUAAUAUAAUGUUGGGAAUGUCGAUAGCAAUAUUUUCGGAGAUCAAUUUUUCGAUGCUGACAGCUUUGAUACUUACAGAGUUUGGAUUAAGUACUGACAGAGCAGCUACUUUUAUGUCUCUUUUAGCAAUUGUUGAUUUGAUUUUUCGAUUUUUAUCUCCUUAUAUAGGUGACUACUUAAACAAACCUCCAAGAAUAAUGUACAUGAUAAGCUUAGUAUUUCUGGCAGCAACAAGAUUUUUGUUUAUAAUAGUACGAGGAUAUCCCUUAUUGUUGGUCUCUGCUGUUGGUUUAGGAGUGGCGAAAGGACUAAGAACCAUAUAUAUGAAUCUUGUGAUUCCAGCGUAUGUGCCGCUAGAGAGAUUACCUGGAGCUUCUGGCAUUCAAAUGGUAACCAAUGGCGUUUUUUUCAUUUUAGGAGGUCCGUUCUUAGGUUUUAUAAAAGAUAUAUCCGGUACUUACAGGAAAUGUGUAGUUUUAAUGAACUUUUUAACUCUUCUAACAGUUGUCAUGUGGUCUCUGGAAAUUAUUAUUGUCAAAAUAAGAUCGAAACGGAGUCUCGAUUCCAACAGGAUACAUUAAAAAAAGUUUAGCAUCAAACAUAAACCAUAGACUGCAAGGCUGUGAUAUUAAAUAUGUUUGUAGCAUAUAAUUCAAAUGUUCUUUAUCACUAAUGGUUUGUUCAUUUUUAUUAAAAAGAAUUGACCUUUAUUAAUGCCUGAUAAGUAUGUAAUAUAAAUAUUAAGUAAU